AUGGCACUACUGGCUUUACAGCUGAUCGUGGCAGACUCUCCAGACUGGACCAUGACAACUGCAGGAGUCUGGGUCAAUAGAAUUCAUAUACAGAUUCAGAAAAGAAAGCCAUGUACGGAGGGGCUGGGAGAGGAAAGUCUUCCCUUUCUGAUAUGCUUCCUCUGUCAGAUUCGGACGGCCACGUGUGUCCUCCUAUUUCUGUUCACAAGUCUUGGAGUAUGCUCAGGAGGAUUUGGGAAUCCUGUCACAGAUGACGUGAGCAGGCUGAUGUUAUUGAAACACAAUAUUCCAAAGGAUUAUAACAUUUCUAUGCAUUAUAUUCCCAAAGAGAAGAGUGGUGUGUGCUGGGUUCUACUGAAUAUCUAUCCACUGGAACAAAGCCUCAGGGAACUGGCCCGGGUGUUUGGUGCCAUUUCUUCCAACAAAGAUAAUAUUAUGAUCUUCAUCACCAUGCUGCAAAAUCUACGCUUCAAAUUUGAUCAUGAGGAGCUGGAGGCAACAAUGCAAGUCUUUAAAUGCCACUAUAAGGCGGUCAAAUGGCCGUCUGGGCAGUAUUUCGACUAUAUCAGAGACAUUUUGAAUUCUGCAGCUCAGGGAGAAGGAGGAUUCCGCUGUGUGCCUCCACCCUGCCCUGCCCCUACUACACCAGGAAGUGAAGCACAGGAUCAUGAACAGACUCGGUCAAGGGGGAGUCUGCUGUCCCUGCUACUGAUCCCAGUCACAGCCUGCGUGUUCCUCAUUGUGUGGGCGAUUAAAUCUAGAAGAGGAGGCUCCCCAGAGAGUAACCUUGAGAGAGGCCAUAGAAGGCUGUCCACUGAUGUGGAACGGACCAUAACCAUCCCUAUUCCACCAGUCACCAGUCCAACUGACACACCAAUAAUGGGGGAAGCCUGAUCACCACUGAGGGAGCAGAAGAAGCCAACAUCAAGCACUGCAUAGAGAUCAGAAAGCUCCCCGUCUGGACUGGUGUCACUCUGGACUGGUGUCACUCUGAACUGGUGUCACUCUGAACAGGUGUCACUCUGGACUGGUGUCACUCUGGACUGGUAUCACUCUGGACUGGUGUCACUCUGGACUGGUGUCACUCUGAACAGGUGUCACUCUGGACUGGUGUCACUCUGGACUGGUGUCACUCUGGACUGGUAUCACUCUGGACUGGUGUCACUCUGGACUGGUGUCACUCUGGACUGGUGUCACUCUGAACAGGUGUCACUCUGGACUGGUGUCACUCUGGACUGGUAUCACUCUGGACUGGUGUCACUCUGGACUGGUAUCUCUGAUUCUUCUUGGGUGAUAUCCCUGAGAGAACAGAGCUGAAAUCUCUUAUUUUGUAUCUUUGACAUAUCGUCGCUGAUACCUCUAUAAUAUAAGGGCUGAUAUAAGGUCUCACUUAAACAAGGGACAACGGCAAUAAGACAUUAAUCAACCGCUUACUAGAACUAUAUAAUUUGGACUGUCAUAUAUUUUGACACAACACCAUGUAUCGCAGGUUCCUACCUUGUCUAUGUCUGUCUAAUCAGAGAUUUUGACAUUACACAACAUCAGAGACAUUCUCUACUGAGACUGGACUUUGUUGUUGCCUAAAUAUCUAUUGCUGCUGUGUGGCCACAUAGUGUGUGCUGACACUUUUUUGUUUCACCCCCUCUUUGAGUCACAUCAUCAGUGUGUGUGACCACAGUAUGACAGUUUAACUGCCCGCUGUGUGUGUGUGUGUGUGUGUGUGUGUGUGUGUGAGUAAGCUAUCCUGCUCUGGAUGAUCUCAGUGAGGGCCAUAAGAGGGGCUUGUUCUCGUCACAAAAGAAAAAAGCCGUAGGCUGAAGGAAAUACCAGUUCCAUGCUAACCGACAGAGACAGAUCCUUAUGAAUCAAAAAACGUUUGAUCCUCAAUCCCCAGACAGCAGGAAACCAUGUUUCUCUGCCAUCUCCUCUCAUGUUGCACUAUCACACGCAUUAUGAAGCCUUACCACUGGGCACAGACGUCAAUUCAACGUCUUUUCCAAGUUGGUUCAACUUAAUUUGAUUGAAACGAUGUGGAAACAACGUUGAUUCUAUCAGUGUGUGCCCAGUGGGAUAGGACUGACUGAUUUCAAGCAUAAGUUAUGGCUGCUUUUUAACUCCCCUCUAGUGGUCAGAUACAAUAACUAUACUUGAUUCCCUCAGCACCUACAGUAGGUCCCAGCUGUAGCAAGACAGUCACUGUGCAGUCUGACUGAGGGAGGUUUUUGUACAGAUCUGUAUCACUGUGGAACACCUAGACACUUUAUGUAGAUAGUGUAGUGUAGUGUAGUGUAUUGUAGUGUAGUGUAGAUAAAAGUGUGUAUGUAGAUAGUGUAUGUUGUAGAUUGUGUAUGUAGUGUAUGUACUGUAGUGUAGAUAGUGUAUGUUGUAUAAAUUAUGUAGAUAGUUUAUGUAGUGUAGAUAGUGUAUGUAGUGUAGUUUAGACAGUGUAUGUAGUGUAAAUUAUGUAGAUAGUUUAUAUAGUGUAGAUGGUGUAUGUAGUAGUGUAGUGUAGAUAGUUUAUGUAGAUACUGCAUGUAGACAGUGUAGGUUGUGUAGUGUAGAUGGUGUAUGUAGUAUAUAUAGUGUAUUUAGUGUAUAUAGUGUAUGUAGCUAGUGUAUGUAGUGUAGAUAGAUAGUGUAUGUAGACAGUGUAUAUAGAUAGUGUAGAUAGUGUAUGUAGAUUGUGUAGGUAGUGUAUGUAGUGUAGAUCAUGUAUGUAGUGUAGAUAGUGUAUGUAGUGUAGUGUAGAUAGUGUAUAUAGACAGUGUAGAUAGUGUAUGUAGCUAGUGUAUGUAGUGUAGAUAGAUAGUGUAUGUAGACAGUGUAUGUAGAUAGUGUAGAUAGUGUAUGUAGAUUGUGUAGGUAGUGUAUGUAGUGUAGAUCAUGUAUGUAGUGUAGGUAGUGUAGUGUAGAUAGUGUAUGUAGAUAGUGUAUGUAGUGUAGUGUAGAUAGUGUAUAUAGACAGUGUAGAUAGUGUAUGUAGUGUAUGUAGUGUAGGUCGUGUAGUGUAGAUAGUGUAUUUAGAUCAUGUAGGUAGUGUAUGUAGAUAGUGUAUGUAGUGUAAAUAAUGUAGAUAGUGUAGGUAUGUCGUGCAGAUAGUGUAUGUAGAUAAUCUAUGUAGAUAGUGUAGAUAGUGUAUUUAGAUAGUGUAUGUAGUGUACAUUAUGUAGAUAGUUUAUAUAGUGUAUGUAGUAGUGUAGUGUAGAUAGUUUAUGUAGAUACUGUAUGUAGUGUACAUGUGUCUCAUGUUUGAGUCCAGCGUCAUUCACAGUCUCAUUCACAGAUCUAGCAGUUAGUAAUCUGCUCAUGAAAAAAAGUUAAUAUAAUGCUAGAAGAUUGCAUCAAUUUAAAUCAGACAUUUGGUUAAAGGUCCAUAUGAGGACUUGUUUUGGGGGCUGAAGUGAUUGUAACUUUGAAGUAAUGUUGAGGUCAUAACAUAUUUUGUUUUACUCCUAUGGAUCUUGCUUUGCAUAUGGACAGGUAUUGUGUUUCAAAACAUCAAGUAACUUUAAUUGACACUUUCAGGCCAUGACAAAUAUAACAAGUCAUAACCAUGAUGAUGAUGGUCAUGUGAUCUGAAUGAUUGCUUUGUAACCAUAUUGUAUCACGUCACAGUUGACCUCCUCUAGUGACCAGUGUUCUAUGUCACUGUCUCUUCCCUCUCAGACACUGCAAUCUGACCGAGGGAGAUUUUUGUAUGGCUCUCUAUCACUUUGUGAACACAUUACCACUGUGCCAACUCUGAUAGUAGUGAUCUCCUGCAUCUUCAGCCUGGACUCCACUGAUGGUUAAAGUGACCUAGUCCUGGACUGAAUAUCUUUAUAGAUUAAGUGUAACUAGUUGUUUAUCCUGUGUGUAUUGUUGAUAUGAAAGGUGUUAACUGAUAAUGCAGUGUCUCUUCUUUCCUCUCCGCUACAGCACCCUGAGCAAGGCACGCUGGGAAAGGGGAGAGGUGUACACCUGCAGGGUGGUCCUCGACGAUAUCAGUGAAUUCCGCCGCAUUCCAGAAAAGUCACUGUUGUCUAGAGACAGGAGAGGCAAUUGUAGGGGGCUAGAGAGUCCCCACAUGGUGCUAGUUCUGGAAACAGUGUUUUAGAGCUGACUGUUACAGUAUAAUAGUGAAUAAUAUCAUUAGUGCUGUGUGCUAAAUUAACUACUUUGAGAUUAAGUUGUACAUGUCUUCUUUCCUCUGAGAUCACAUACAGCUUGUUUUAAUUUAAAUAUAACCACAAAAGUUACUUUAAUCACAAUUCCUGUGAUCACUGUCUAAUGAAGGCAGCACAUUUCAUACACAUUUUGAUUAAAAGGGCACCUAACCUAAUAUCUGCUCUCAGAGAUCACACUGCUAAACAGUACAUUUCCAUAACUUAUUUAUUUCAAAUGUUUAUUUACUAAUAUGAUUUUAUUAAAUAGUUUCUGCUAUGGUUUUUAACCAUGUGUGGUCUACACUGUAGCUUCCCUGGGUUUUCUCUACCUUCAACCCCCUGGGGACAGAAUGAACAUCUGGUGCCAGUGCUGCUCUAUUCUGGGACAAGCAGAACCACCCAACCCUGCCUAUGCAAAUCUCAGUUUCACUCAAAUCAAGUCAAAUGUAUUUAUACAGCCCUUCUUACAUCAGCUGAUAUCUCAAAGUGCUGUACAGAAACCCAGCCUAAAACCCCAAACAGCAAGCAAUGCAGGUGUAGAAGCACAGUGGCUAGGAAAAACUCCCUAGAAAGGCCAGAACCUAGGAAGAAACCUAGAGAGGAACCAGGUUAUGAGGGGUGGCCAGUCCUCUUCUGGCUGUGCCGGGUGAAGAUUAUAACAGAACAUGGCCAAGAUGUUCAAAUGUUCAUAAAUGACCAGCAUGGUCAAAUAACAAGUAGUUGUCGAGGGUGCAACAAGUCAGCACCUCAGGAGUAAAUGUCUGUUGGUUUUCAAAGCCGAUCAUUAAGAGUAUCUCUACCGCUCCUGCUGUCUCUAGAGAGUUGAAAACAGCAGGUCUGGGACAGGUAGCACGUCCAGUGAACAGGUCAGGGUUCCAUAGACGCAGGCAGAACAGUUGAAACUGGAGCAGCAGCACGGCCAGGUGAACUGGGGACAGCAAGGAGUCAUCAUGCCAGGUAGUCCUGAGAGAGAGAAAGAGAAUUAGAGAGAGCAUACUUAAAUUCACACAGGACACUGAAUAAGACAGGAGAAGUACUCCAAAUAUAAAAGACUGACCCUAAACCCCCGACACAAACUACUGCAGCACAAAUACAGGAGGCUGAGACAGGAGGAGUCAGGAGACACUGUGGCCCCAUCCGAUAAUACCCCCGGACAGGGCCAAACAGGCAGGAUAUAACCCCACCCACUUUGCCAAAGCACGCCCACACCACUAGAGGGAUGUCUUCAACCACCAACUUACCAUCCUGAGACAAGGCCGAGUAUAGCCCACAAAUAUCUCCGCCACGGCACAACCCAAGGUGGGGCGCCAACCCAGACAGGAGAUCACGUCAGUGACUCAACCCACUCAAGUGACACACCCCUCCUAGGGACGGCAUGGAAGAGCACCAGUAAGCCAGUGACUCAGCCCCUGUAAUAGGGUUAGAGGCAGAGAAUCCCAGUGGAGAGAGGGGAAUCGGCCAGGCAGAAACAGCAAGGGCGUUUCGUUGCUCCAGAGCCUUUCCGUUCACCUUCAGACUCCUGGGCCAGACUACACUCAAUCAUAUGACCCACUGAAGAGAUGAGUCUUCAGUAAGGACUUAAAGGUUGAGACCGAGUCUGCGUCUCUCACAUGGGUAGGCAGACCAUUCCAUAAAAAUUGAGCUCUUUCGGAGAAAGCCCUGCCUCCAGCUGUUUGCUUAGAAAUUCUAGGGACAAUUAGGAGGCCUGUGUCUUGUGACCGUAGCGUACCAAAUCGGAAAGCUAGGUAGGCGCAAGCCAAUGUAAUGCUUUGUAGGUUAGCAGUAAAACCCUGAAAUCAGCCCUUGCCUUAACAGGAAGCCAGUCUAGAGAGGCUAGCACUGGAGUAAUAUCAAAUUUUUCCCACAACUCCAACUGAUAACACAGCCACAAAGUAAAAAUUCCGUAGACAAAUUAGCUUUCUGGUCUUAAAUUUCAGGUGGGGUUUGUCGGAAUAAUGACUUUAUUUCUGUGUUAAGUAGUGACGACCCAGUUUCACUCUCUGAAAUACCCUAGACUGGGACAGAUGUGGAGAGAGGGGUUGGGCUGGUAUAAACGUUUCUAUGAUAACUACUACACUAACUCAUGGAAUUGUUCUAAAAUAGUAAUAACAUGGUCCAAAAAGCAAUUUAAUUCUCUAUUUUAGGACACCUGGGGCAUCAGUGUAAAAAUUGUGUGGCGCAUUCAUUGGAUAAAGACAGAAUGAUUGCAAUUAGGAGGACUUUUUUCUAAUGUCUGAGCCCCACAUCUUGUUCCUGAUUGACAGAUCCGGCAGUCCGUAACCUGCUCAUGACAAUUAAUAAUUCUAAAUGAUCAGAAUAAUUUUUAUCACACCAUAUGAGGACUUUUAGGGGGCUGAAAUGUUUGUAAUGUUGAUUUAAAAUGUGAUGAUUUAAUAUUUUGACUUCCGUGGGGUUACUUAUGUACGUACACUGAACAAAAAUAUAAAUGCAACAUGUAAAGUGUGGGUCCCAUGUUUCAUGAGCUGAAAUAAAAGAUCCCAGAAAUUGUCCAUAAUUAUGCACAACUAGCUAAUUUCUCUUAAAUUUUGUGCACAAAUGUAUUUACAUCCCUGUUAGUGAGCAUUUCUCUUUUACCAAGAUAAUCCAUCCAGCUGACAGGUGUGGCAUAUCAAGAAGAUAACUAAACAGCAUGAUUAUUAUACAGGUGCACCUUGUGCUGGGGAAAAUAAAAGGCCACUCUAAAAUGUGUAGUUUGUCACACAAUACAAUGCCACAGAUGUAUCAAGUUGUGAGGGAGCGAGCAACUGGCAUGCUGACUGCAGGAAUGUCCACCAGAGCUGUUGCCAGAGAAUGUAAUGUUCAACGUCGUUUCAGAGAAUUUGGCAGUACGUCCAACCAGCCUCACAACCGCAGACCACAUGUAUGGCAUUGUGUGGGCGAGCAGUUUGCUGAUGUCAACUUUGGUAAUGGAGUGCCCCAUGGUGGCCGUGGGGUGAUGGUAUGGGCAGGCAUAAGCUCUGGAAUGGCCUGAAUACUCGCCAGACAUGUCACGCAUUGAGAAGUUUGGGAUGCUCUGGAUCGACAUGUACAACAGCGUGUUCCAGUUCCCGUUUUAUCUCCAUCUCUACAUUUAAAGACUAGAUCAUGGACACUUUUUCUGACACUUGUGGCUGAUUCGUGUGACAUAUUGUUGUAUAUACCUUUUUGCUCUUUAUGCUGUUGUCUGUGCCUAACAAUGUUUGUACCAUGCUUGUGCUGCUACCAUGUGUUGCUACUGUGUUGUUGUCAUGUUGUGUUGCUACCAUGCUGUUUUGUCAUUUGUUAGUGCCGUGCUGUGUUGUCUUAGGUCUCUCUUUAUGUAGUGUUGUGGUGUCUCUCUUGUCAUGGUGUGUUUUGUCUUAUAUUUUUCUUUUUAAUUCCAGCCCCUGCAGGAGGCCUUUUGCCUCUUGGUAGGCCAUCAUUUUAAAUAAGAAUUUGCUGUUAACUGACUUGCCGAGUUAAAUAAAAAAUAUCCAGCAAAUUCGCACAGCAUUUGAAGAGGAUUGGGACAACAUUCCACAGGCCACAAUCAACAGAAUGAUCAACUCUAUGCGAAGGGGAUGUCACACUGCAUGAGGCAUCUUUUCUGCUACUCUCGUGUUUUCAAACAUAAUUAAAAGGGAAUCUGAUCCAACAAA